GGACAGUGGCCAUUUCCGGUUGUCCGUAGAGUAUAACAGUCCGCUAAAAAAACAGCAUGUUCACGGUGAGAUUAAAAGACAAAUAUAUUAUAGCAGAGUAACAUGACACAAUUAUUCCACGAGGUGAUACAGUGACGUAAUAUUACAUUAGCAUUACAUCACAUUAGCAAAUUAGCAGCAUUGUUCGUUCUCGGGUUUUCAAUGAUUAAGUAGCUUAAGUGAAAAGGUGACUGACAUCUUCACCCUGAGUGAACUAAAAACAUGUGUCACUGAAGAUGUGGCGGGCAGGUCGUGUCCUCAGUUCGAGGCUGGCAGGGAGAGGAGCAGCCAGACUCUGCUCCAGCAACCCACCAAAACCUCCGUCGUCAUCUUCCUCAUCUCAGUCAAAUCCCUCCUCUCCGCGGCCCCAAGCUGAGAAACAGAGGCGUAGACGAGAGCGGGAGGAGGCCAUACUGUCACGUCAACACAGUACUGCUGAGGAUAAGUCAGUGAAAUGGAGUGAGAAGCAGAAGAUAGUGUACACCGCUCAAACACCUCAUGGGGCAAAGAAAGACACCAGCUUGCCAUUCCCACCCUCAUACAGUCCAGAGUAUGUGGAGUCCAGCUGGUACCAGUGGUGGGAGAAAGAGGGAUUCUUCAGUCCAGAACAACAUGAGAGGUCGUCUCACACCGUGGAUCAGACCUUCGCUCUGUGUAUCCCUCCACCAAACGUGACCGGGACUUUGCACCUGGGUCAUGCUCUGACUGUGGCUGUAGAAGACGCUCUGGUUCGAUGGAAGAGGAUGAAGGGCUACAGAGUGCUGUGGGUUCCUGGAUGUGACCAUGCGGGUAUUGCAACACAGACAGUAGUGGAGAGGAGGCUGCUGAGGGAACAGGGGAAGCGCAGACAGGACUUCACCAGGGAGGAGUUUCUGCAGGAGGUGUGGAAGUGGAAGAAUGAGAAAGGAGAGGAGAUCUACCAGCAGCUGAGGAGGCUCGGAGCCUCUCUGGACUGGAGCAGAGCCUGUUUCACUAUGGAUCCAGGUUUCAGCAGGGCAGUGACCGAGGCCUUUGUCCAACUCUGCGACUCUGGUCUGAUUUAUCGCUCAGAGGGUUUGGUCAACUGGAGCUGUGCCCUGGAAUCUGCCAUCUCUGACAUAGAGGUUGACUCCAGGGAGCUGUCUGGGCAGACCACGCUGUCUGUCCCCGGUUAUGAAAACAAGGUGGAGUUUGGAACAAUGCUAACCUUUGCCUACCCUGUAGACGGCCACGGUGGAGAGGUGGCGGUGUCCACCACCCGUCCAGAGACUAUGCUGGGAGAUGUGGCCAUAGCUGUGCACCCUGACGACCCUCGAUAUCAGGCUGUUCACGGGAAGCAGUGCAGGCACCCCUUCACCGACAGACUCCUGCCCAUCAUCACUGAUUCUAUGGUGAACAUGGAGCUUGGAACUGGUGCAGUGAAGGUGACUCCUGCUCACGACCACACCGACUUCCUGCUGUCACAGAGACACUCGCUGCCACGCCUCACUGUGAUCAGAGGAGAUGGCACCAUGACACCCUCUUGUGGACAGUGGCUGGAGGGAGUGAAACGUUUUGAUGCCAGGCAGCAGAUCUUGGACGCACUGGUGGAGAAGAAGCUGUUCAGAGGAAAGAAGAGUCAUGCCAUGACUUUACCUGUCUGCAGCCGCUCAGGAGACGUCAUUGAACCUCUUCUGAAGAAGCAGUGGUUCGUCCGCUGUGAUGAAAUGGCUAAAAAAGCUGUAGAGGCUGUGGAGGACGGACAGCUGGAAAUCAUCCCUCACUACUACACCAAGACGUGGAAGAAGUGGCUGUCCAACAUCAGCGACUGGUGCAUUUCCAGGCAGCUUUGGUGGGGUCAUCAGAUCCCUGCUUACCGAGUGGAGCUUCCUAACUGUCCUGUCAAAGAAGAGGAGCAGUGGGUCUGUGGACGGAGCGAGGACGAGGCGCGUCAGAGAGCUGCAGUCAAAUAUGGAGUCAGGCCGGAUACCAUCACUCUGACUCAGGACCCUGAUGUCCUGGAUACGUGGUUCUCCUCAGGGCUGUUUCCUUUUGCCAUGCUUGGCUGGCCUGAACAGACCACCGACCUUCAGCGCUACUACCCCAACUCUAUUCUGGAGACGGGCAACGACCUCAUCUUCUUCUGGGUGGCAAGGAUGGUGAUGCUGGGCACAGAGCUGACCGGACAGCUGCCUUUUAAGCAGGUUCUGUUUCACUCUCUGGUGAGAGAUAAACACGGCAGGAAAAUGAGUAAAUCUCUCGGAAACGUCAUCGACCCGUUAGAUGUUAUACACGGAGUCUCUCUGGAGAGACUUCAGGAGAAAGUGAUGGAAGGAAACCUUCACCCCAGGGAGCGGCUGGUUGCCAUGGAAGCACAGAGGAAAGACUUCCCCAAGGGGAUCCCUCAGUGUGGGACUGAUGCUCUGAGAUUCGCCCUUUGCUCUCACAAGAUGCAGGGAGAAGACAUCAGUCUGUCCAUCUCUCAGGUCCUGAGCUGCAGACACUUCUGCAAUAAAAUGUGGCAGACGCUGAGAUUCACACUGGGAGUGAUGGGUGACAAUGCGGCACCAGUGGCAACACUGGAAGAGACCACUCCUCUGAGCAGCAUGGACCGGUGGAUCUGCUCCAGACUCUACAGCACAGUAGUCCAGUGUGAGCAGGCUUUUGAAGCCUAUGAGCUACACACCGUCACAUCUGCCCUGUACUCCUUCUGGGUCCACAGCCUGUGUGAUGUCUACAUGGAGUGUGUGAAGCCUGCGCUGGUCCAGCAGGAUGAGGGCCCGGCGGUCCAGCCCGACACAGAGCACAGAGCGAGGCAGGUGGCCCGCAGUGUCCUCUACCACUGUGUGUCCAUGUCCCUGGCCUUGCUCUCUCCUUUCAUGCCCUUCAUCAGCGAGGAGCUGUGGCAGAGACUACAGCCACACAGACCCGGAGCUGCUGCCCAGACCAGCCUGUGUUUACAGCCGUACCCCUGUUCGUCUCAGCUGACUCACUGGCAUUUCCCUGAAGAGGAAAGAGCCUUCCUGCUGGUCCAGGAAGUGAUCCGAACGGCCCGCUCACUACGAGCCCGGUGCGGCAUGACCAAAGAAAAACCUGCCAUGUGGGCAGUGUGUUCACCCAGCCAGGCCCAGGUCCUCCUUCACUUUGGGUCAGCUGUUUGGACCUUAAGCCGGAUCUCCAGCCUCCACAUCUACUAUCCUCAUAGUGUGGACAACCUCCACUCCACUCCUCCACCUGAAGGAAGCCUCAUCGGUGUGGUGGACCACACUUGUCAGCUCCACCUUCACGUACAGAGUGGAAUAAAUGUGGACAAACAGAUCCUGCAGAUCUCCCAGCGCAGAGACAAGCUUGUUCCAAAGCUGGAGGAAAUCCUCUGCAGGGUCCAGUCUUCAGACUACCUGACCAAGGUUCCUGCUCACGUCAGGCAGACGAUGGACAGUAAGAUGUCAGCCUUGCAGCAGGAACUGAAAACUAUUGAGGAGCAGCUGAAGGUGCUGCAAGAGACUCAAACAAAAGAAUAACUACAGCCAACAGGCAUAACAGUAACUGUGUGGACUGCUGGACGUCAGAACUGAAGAACUUGAUGAAUUAUUUAUAAUGUUGUCUGAGCCUGAGAUCUCUACACUGCUUGAAUGAAUGAGACAUUGCGUAAUAUCAUUAAUAUGUUGUUCGCAUAAUGCACAUAAUGUUACUGUCAAACUCUGUCACUGCAGCACUGCACUGUGUACUUCACCUGCAGGGGGGGUUGUGUCAGGCUGCAGGUAUCCAUGGAAAGGGACGAAAAUCUAUUUUGUUAAUGCACAAAUGCGAUUAUGGAUGUUUUCAUCAGCUCCUUAAAAGCAAGUAUUUGUG